AUGUUUAUGACUAGAUCAGAAUACGAUAGAGGUGUAAACACGUUUUCACCUGAAGGACGAUUGUUUCAAGUAGAAUAUGCGAUUGAAGCCAUUAAGUUGGGAUCAACUGCGAUUGGCGUGAAAUCAAAAGAUGGAGUUGUUUUAGGUGUUGAAAAGAGACUUAGUAGUCCUUUAAUGGAGUCAUACUCCGUGGAAAAGCUAUUUGAAAUAGACACGAACAUUGGCUGUGCCAUCUCUGGUUUAACAGCAGACGCACGUACUAUUAUAGACCAUGCUAGAGUGCAAGCACAGAACCAUCGUUUCACUUACGAUGAACCCCAAGGUGUAGAAAGUAUUACCCAGUCUGUCUGUGAUUUGGCUCUUCGUUUCGGUGAAGGAGAGGAAGACGAAGAACGCAUUAUGUCUCGUCCUUUUGGUGUGGCUCUCUUGGUGGCCGGUAUGGAUGAGCAUGGUCCCCAACUAUAUCACUCGGAACCUUCUGGUACUUAUUUCCGUUAUGGUGCUAAAGCCAUCGGUUCUGGCAGUGAGCCCGCAAAAACCGAGUUGGUCAAAGAAUACCACAAUGACAUGACUCUUCAAGAAGCAGAGGUGUUGAUUCUUAAAGUCCUUCGUCAAGUCAUGGAAGAGAAGUUAAAUUCGAAAAAUGUACAACUCGCAAGUGUUACUUCUGAGAAGGGAUUCCACAUUUAUACCGAUGAAGAAAUGGCUAAUGCUGUUCAUCGUGAAGAGCACAGAUCAGAUUAA